CAUCUUUUUUUUUUUUUAAGGUAGAGUCUUGAUCCGUCGCUAGUUUUCAAUCAAGGUAACACAGGGGCUCUCAAUAGGGUGUGGAACUCUGCUAGAAAAAUCACAUUAUGAGAACAGCUAUUGUGUGAUCUCCUGUUGGAAAAUGAAUAACAUAAAAUAAUAUACAUUUAGGAAACAAAGUGGAGAAAACUGCCACAAACUCAACCAUGUUCACCCCUGGGGGCUUAGAUUCACGGGAUUUUCACUUCUCUCAUCCUGUAUAUUUCUCUAAUGUUUAAAUGUUUAACGAUGCGCUUGUAAUUCUUUGGUAAUUCAAAUGACAGAUGAAGAAAAAAUGUUUUCAAAGACAGUGGGUAUCCAUCCACCAUCCUCUCCAAACUUCCAAAACAACCAGGAUGUGCCACUACCAGGAAGUAUUUAUGCAGCAUAAAGGAUUUUGUCCUGAGCGUGUACCAUUAAUUAUUAAAGAGAGGCUGUCAGUCCCAUCAGAUGAGUUUAAUAUUUACUUUGAGGAGCUAGCGUUCAGUCCUUCACUUUGCACACUGUUGGCUAAGGCAUUCGUUUAACAAAGAUGAAAUGAAGGGGAAAUGGUGUGAUUUGUAUUGUUUUCUUGACAUACCUGAAACACUUUUGCUAUUUCUGACAGCUCCACUGCUUUCCUCAUUUUCCAGCUUAGGAAAAUCGAUUGCUGUUAUGAUAAAUCCCGAUCCAGUGAGAAAGGGAGACAGAGCAAGAUGCAAAAUGAAAGAUAAAUGCAGAAAGCUAACAGCCUGGCUGGGGAGAGAAGGCCACGGAAGGGAAGGAAUCACAUAGAUGGCUUCCUGGAAGAGGUUCCCAAGCAGGCCUAGAAGAGGUCGGUUUGGGAACUGGGGAGAGUGCAGAGGAGGGCAUCUCUGUUGGAGAAGCAGCAGCCAGCGGGGCAGGAGCUACAGGGAGCCAGGUUGCAAGUGGGCCUGCUUCCUGUAUCCCUGAGGCUGGGUUAGGGUCCUCACCCUGGCUGUGGCCCUGGCCUCUGGGGAGGUGCUGGCCAGAACUGGGUGGCAGGCCCAACCUACUCCAACCCUGGACUCUGCCCAGGGAUUUCUGCGGAAGUGACAAGGCAGAUCAGAGCAAAAGCAGGUUGGACCCAGCUUGUCCCCACAGAGACGUGUGCUUCCCUCUGUCUCUGAGAGCGACCUGUUAACCACGAAUACUUGGAAGGUCUGGCCCAUGGAGAACGACCCCUCAAGACGAAGAGAGUCCAUCUCUCUCACACCUGUGGCCCAGGGGCUGGAGAACAUGGGAGCUGAGUUCUUGGAAAGCCUGGAGGAAGGCCAGCUCCCUAGAAGCAACUCGGAGAUGAGAGGCAGCUGGAGCGAGGCGGGGCCGAAGACCUUCUCUAGAUGGAGGAAGCUGCAGCCUGCCCUGAGAGCCCGAAGCUUCUGCAGGGAGCACACGCAGCUGUUUCGAUGGAUUGGUACAGGCCUGCUCUGCACUGGGUUCGCCGGCUUCCUGCUGGUGGCCUGCCUCCUGGAUUUCCAGCGGGCCCUGGCUCUCUUUGUCCUCACCUGUGUGGUCCUCGUCUUCCUGGGCCACCACCUGCUGAAACGGCUUCUGUGGCCAAAGCUGAGGAGGUUUCUCAAGCCUCAGGGUCAUCCCCGCCUGCGGCUCUGGUUUAAGAGGGCCCUAGCACUUGCUGCUUUCCUGGGUGUGGUCCUGUGGCUGUCUCUGGACACCUCCCGGCGGCCGGAGCAACUGGUGUCCUUUGCGGGAAUCUGCGCGUUCAUCGUCCUCCUCUUUGCCUGCUCAAAGCAUCAUUGCGCGGUGUCCUGGCGGGCCGUGUCUUGGGGACUUGGACUGCAGUUUGUACUCGGACUCCUCGUCAUCAGAACAGAACCAGGAUUCAUUGCAUUCCAGUGGCUGGGCGAGCAGAUCCGGAUCUUCCUCAGCUAUACGGAGGCCGGCUCCAGCUUCGUGUUUGGGGAGGCGCUGGUCAAGGAUGUGUUUGCCUUUCAGGUUCUGCCCAUCAUCAUCUUCUUCAGCUGUGUCAUAUCAGUUCUCUACCACGUGGGCCUCAUGCAGUGGGUGAUCCUGAAGAUUGCCUGGCUGAUGCAAGUCACCAUGGGCACCACAGCCACUGAGACCCUGAGUGUGGCUGGAAACAUCUUUGUGAGCCAGACCGAGGCUCCGUUACUGAUCCGGCCCUACUUGGCAGACAUGACACUCUCUGAAGUCCACGUUGUCAUGACUGGAGGCUACGCCACCAUUGCGGGCAGCCUGCUGGGCGCCUACAUCUCCUUUGGGAUCGACGCCACCUCGCUGAUCGCAGCCUCCGUGAUGGCUGCCCCUUGUGCCUUGGCCCUCUCCAAGCUGGUCUACCCGGAGGUGGAGGAGUCCAAGUUUGGGAGGGAGGAAGUGAAACUGACCUACGGAGAUGCUCAGAACCUCAUAGAAGCAGCCAGCACUGGGGCCGCCAUCUCCGUGAAGGUGGUUGGCAACAUCGCUGCCAACCUGAUUGCGUUCCUGGCCGUGCUGGCCUUCAUCAAUGCUGCCCUCUCCUGGCUGGGAGACAUGGUGGACAUCCAGGGGCUCAGCUUCCAGCUCAUCUGCUCCUACAUCCUGCGGCCUGUAGCCUUCUUGAUGGGCGUGGCCUGGGAGGACUGUCCAGUGGUAGCUGAGCUGCUGGGGAUCAAGCUGUUUCUGAACGAGUUUGUGGCCUAUCAAGAACUCUCCAAGUACAAGCAACGCCGCCUGGCAGGAGUCGAGGAGUGGGUCGGCGCCAGGAAGCAGUGGAUCUCCGUCAGAGCUGAAGUCCUGACGACAUUUGCCCUCUGUGGAUUUGCCAAUUUCAGCUCCAUUGGGAUCAUGCUCGGAGGCUUGACCUCCAUGGUCCCCCAACGGAAGAGCGACUUCUCCCAGAUUGUGCUCCGGGCGCUCUUCACGGGGGCCUGUGUGUCCCUGGUGAAUGCCUGCAUGGCAGGCGUCCUCUACGUGCCCAGGGGGGCUGAAGUCAACUGCAUGUCCCUCCUGAACACGACCCUCAGCAGCAGUAGCUUUGAGGUGUAUCAGUGCUGCCGCGAUGCCUUCCAGAGCAUCAACCCAGAGUUCAGCCCAGAGGCCCUGGAGAACUGCUGCCGGUUUUACAACCACACAGUCUGUGCGUAGCGAGGACAGAACCUGUUUGUGCUUCUGACCUUCCCUUUCCCAGGGCCCUCCUCAGGGAAGCCAGAGACUCAGCCCCAGCUCAGUCCCACAACUGGGAAGGGGUCAUGGAGUGAAUGUGCAGAGAGUGAGUGGGGACAUCAGGAAGGACGUGUCCUACUGCACCUCUUUCCUCCUCCCCCAUUUUCUACCUCCCCCAGUGUGAAUUCUCAGGGUUACCUCUGCCUCCUCCUCCUUCCCCUCCACAUCCAAGCAGCACCCUGGUCCUCUCUCCCCACCUCCCCUGGGGUCCCUCACAUGCCCCUUCCUUUCUGUUGUGGGUGCACACCAAAGCCUCCUCCCCUCCCCACCUGGGCACCAGGAUCUCUCUGUGGCUUCCCCUGCCAGGUGGUGUGGCCCCUUUCUCUGCUUUCAGAGACUCCCUUCCCACCUUCCCUCAGAGCGCUUCCCAAACUGAGGCCCCAUGGCACACUCCCGGGAGGCGUUCGGAGGGUUCCGUGAUCCACUAGACUUGGAAACACUGGGUCAAAUAAACUUAGAGCGGCCUAUUUG